AUGGCUCUCCUGUUUUCUUGGGCCUGCAUUCUAACUGGAUGCUUUUCUGUUUCUUUAGGAGAAGCAGCAGCCAGUCUCUCAGCUCUGUAUCCCCCACUAUGGGACGAAAGUCCUGGUCAGUUCAGUGAGUACAGGGUGGAGAAUGGAAAGUACAUUAUUAAUCCCUGGAUAUAUCCUGAGAGAAUGGGGAUGUAUAAAAUUUUACUGACCCAGACAGCCAGGUAUUUUGAAAAAUUUGCACCAGAAAAUGAAAAAAAUAUAUUGUGGGGAUUGGCUCUGCAGCAUGGCUGGCAAUAUAGUACAGGUCGAUUAGCUGACCCCAGCCAGAGGACAGACUGUGGCUAUGAAUCUGGAGAUCCAUCGUGCAUCUCUGUGGACAGUUGGUGGGCUGACAUAAAUUACUUCCUCUGUGCAUUACCCUUCCUUGCUGCGGUUGAUUCUGGCAUAAUGGGGAUAUCAUCAGACCAAGUCAUACUCUUGCCACCACCCAAGGAUCAGAUGAAGUUUUGUGUUAAUGUUUCUACUUGUCAGUCAUCCUUUCCUACAGCAAUGAGAAAGUGGAAAAGCUUCUACGAGCACAUGCAGUCACCUUAUAGUAGCUUUGAGGACCUGCUGAAGUACUUAUGGGAUGCACACGCUAAAACCUUGGGUGAUGCUCUCAAACCAUUUGAUCACAGGUUGGUAUAUUAUUCUAAAGCAGAAGCAGAUUUUGAAAGAAUAUGGUCUGUGAGUGUGGAGUAUAUAGCUGCAUUACAGGUACCUACAACCUUGAUCAAAAUGCAUGAAUUACAGAAGGGUCUGCCCCCCCGGAUGCUUGUGAAUGGGGACAGCGCCCCCUUCAUCAGUGACUUUAGUGAACGUCAAAACAUGUUUCUGUUUGGUCUAAGUCUUGUUCGAGAUGUGGAUAGCUGGACAGGUUCAUUAUCUUUAACAAUAUGGAAAAUUUUAAUGAAGACACAAAUUGCAAGACAGCAAGCUCUAGAGUUUUUAGAAAUGAUUCUUGAAAAGUUUAAUCCAACACUUCCGGAGCUCUUGGAAAACUUUCUAAAUCUGUCUUCUACCACAAGUUGGGGCCUGCACAAUGGAGAGACCAGCCUGUCCACUAACCUGUUGUCCUCAUUCUCAGAGCCUGAGAUCAAUCAGGCUUUGGCGGCUAAUUCUACUGACGGAAGUACCCCGGGGGCCAGCAUCAUCGCCCUCUGCGGAAGACAGCUUUCUGACAUUUGGCCUGAGUUUCUUGGAAAUCCAGUCACUUCAGAUGAAGCCCAUUUAGCAAAGAAUUUCACACCAGGAACAAUGAGUAAACUUUCAAAAGCAUACUGGCAACGAGAAAGCAAAAUGAUGCCUAGUAUCAAAUUUGCCGGAAUGACCACACUCCAGAAACUGCUGCCGCAGAGACAGCGUCACCACACAAAAACGAUGCACUACGACACAGGCGGCGGCAGCUCUUCCCUUCCAGCCUGCGCCUGA